AUGGAGCCCUCCAACUUCUACCACCCAGUGUACGCGCCGUUCAUGCCAGGGGAGGAUUCGGUCCCGUCGACCUUGAUGCAGCAAAGCAGCAGCAAUGAGAACCUUAAGUGGGAGCAAGGAGCUCGUUCGCAGCCGCCAGGUCAGCAUGUACAGCCGCCGCCGCCCCCAACUUCAUCAUCACCACCCUCUGGGUCCCAGCCUGUUCAGUCCAGUAUAAUACAGAGACCUUGGCCAGAAAUUCAGCUCAAUCCUCACCUCCAGCUACAAGAGAGCCAAGAAACGGAGCCGGACCCAGCAGUGGCAAAGUUGGGCUCGGUUCUCACUCUGGCCUGUUUAAAUUGCCGGGCAAAGAAAAUUAAGUGCCAACCAGAAAAUGGCGGCUGCAAGAAAUGCAAACGGCUGGGGAUACCAUGUCCGGGACCUGAGAUGGAUGAACGCAAAAGACCAUCUUCCAAGCGGUAUAUCCGGGAGCUACACGGUCGAAUUGAAGAGCUCGAGAAGUCUCUUCGUGAAAGUGAACUCCGUCGCCGCAUACAAGCACGCGAGAUCAUGACUCUAUAUGAGCUCAAUCAAUUUCCCAGUUAUCAUCCAUCGCCACUCAUUCAGUCGUACCCGGAGAAUGUCAUUGCUUAUCUCUGCGAUGGUAGAUAUCAUAUGGAUGGUCGCCUAAAAUAUGGCGGUCCAACCUCAAGUUUGCAUCUGACACUAAAAGAACAGGAAGCUGAAAUACGUGCCUUGGUUCUUCCGCCAGAUAAGGCCUACAGAGGCAAGCAGCCGCCACCUAUAAACGAUUACCAGUGCUUGUUUGCUGAAGCUUCAAGAUUACUGGAAGCGGAAAGAAAACAACCGGGGAUAACGACUAUACAAUCGUUACUUUUACUAUCGGUUAUAUACUGUGCAUUUUCCAAUGAUAUGACGAGCUUGGCACUGACAAACACAGCUUGUCGCCUUGCGAUUGAGAUGGGUCUCCAUCAUGACUGUUCAAACGAGAAUAUACCACAAAUGGACAUAGAAGCGCGCCAGAUUACUUUCUGGGGUUGUUUUGUUUUUGGUAGACUUUGGGGGUUGUAUCUUGGGCGCUCGUUUUUUUUGACGCUCGACGAAAACGUGACCGUCCCUCGACCGUCGGGGGAGAAUGCUUCUUUACCAUUGCACUCUCUCCUAGCUGGCUCCUGGGCCUCUCUUCUAGAGCUAGUGGGGCUAAUAUGUGAGCACUUAAAUAGAAAUCAACGUGCGAUGGUGGAGACCAAUAGUUUAGAUGAACGACUUCACCAGUGGUACGUCCGUUUGGACCCCCAGCUAUAUUAUAGAAAAGACGGACCUCCUUCGAUAGGAGUCAUGCAUAUGCAGUAUUGUGCCGCUAUCAUUAUCUUAUAUCGCCCUCCAGCUGGCGUUGGGAAAGUUGACACGCGAAAGCUAGAGACUGCAGACAAAUUUCGAAAUAUCUGCGUGCAGCAUGCCAUCAAAAUCGCGAACUACCUGACGGACUAUCGGGUCUACCAUAGUAAUGCAACCACCCUAAGUGGGAUAGCCCUACACAUUAUUGAGAUGGCUUGCACCAUUCUCAUCUCAGACAUUGCAGAAAGGGUAAAAACUACAGACGUCACCAGCGAAUACACUUAUCUUGCCAUCUGCGUGCAGACCCUCCUGGAGCUAGAACAAACAUAUCUAGUCGCUCAGAAGGUUCGCAAAAUACUCAAGAAAAUAAUCAACUUAUGUAACCUUGACUCGCGCCGACUUAAACAAAUAGUGGCAUAUAUGGAUGCUCAGUUUGACCCUUCCCCUACUUUUUCUACGGAAACAAGAUCCAACCCUUCGUCACGAAUAUCAUUUAGACGAAUUUGCCGCUCACAGGGGCAGUACUGA